AUAUAUAUAUAUAUAUAAAAAAUCUACAGAAGUGUUAAAGCUUUUGCGUUAGCCUUAAAUCGGUUAACAAAAAUAUAGAAGUGGCAGCGAGAAGCUCCACAAACUUUAUGGGAAAUUGUGAGAAAUACACAAUAUAAUACCGUAUAGUUCUGGUUCAGGUGUUUCAGAGGGCGUGAAGAAGACGGCGGGUCGCAAGGUUGAACCCAACUAUUACCAAAACUGUUCUAAUUAAAGGGCCAAUGGUUUCUAUUUAUUGAAAGCAAGAUCUCCACUAGUGUUUUCCCUUGAAUGUAUCCACAAGGAUCCUGCCAAGACAGAUCAUUCCAAAGGUCGCAAAGCACAUCAGGAUUUCAGGGCAUUGAUUUCAGACCUCUUUUGCGUCAUGCUGUAGACUGUGUAAGAAAGGAUUCCUAUUCAGUUGUAUUUCCACGCUUUACCACUAGAGGCAGACAAACAGUUUACCAAGCAUGACAAUUUACCUAUGACAUCACAGUGCACCGUUCUCCAUCAAGAGUAUAAAAGGCCAGAACAGCGAGCAGCAGUCAGCAUUAACCAGUGGCUGUUCGACAUUGUGCAAUCUGUCAUUCAGCAGUCGCCUUUCAGCAUACAUUCAGCAUCACGCAACCUACCGAACAGCAGCUAACAGAAGACAGCAAGAAUCACCUCAUAUAUGAUUAAUUCUCUAUCCAGUUAAGUUGAGUGUUCUGAAUCCUGUACCGUGUUUUUAGUGACACGCUGACUAAGACCAUGAGCAUUGGGGGGACCAAGCUUCAGUUGGUCACUGGCCAGAUGAAGAAAUCAGUGCCAGUAUGUCGUUUGCUUUCAGGGAGGAGGAUUAUUGUACCACUUUUGGUUUUGGGCUUGAUUUUAGCUGGCAUAAAAAAAACUCCUAUAUUCAAUACUAAUACAAAACCUGUCAUGGUUUAUGUAGAUCCCCAUCAUCGAGAGCGUGUCCAUUCCUUUGUCAGAAAUGUGUUAGCCAGAGAAUGCAGACCAUCUUUUACAAGAAGGAAGAUGGAGCAAAUGUAUAUUAAUUCAGUGCCUGUGGCAGAGCCCUUCUUACAAAAAAACAGCAAUUUAGCAGAACAAAUAUUUGAGUAUUCACCACCAUUUGGUUUUCGGAACCUGCAACACAAGCUAAAAAAAGUCCUGGAUCUCAUACCCAUUUCAUUGCCAGAGAAUACUCGAGGGCAUGAGUGCCGUCGAUGUGUUGUGGUUGGCAAUGGAGGAAUACUUAGAGGACUGGAGAUUGGACCUCUCCUGGACCAGUUCAAUGUAAUCAUAAGACUUAAUAGUGGCCCAGUGAGAGACUUCAGUAGAGAUGUGGGAAACCGCACAACUAUCAGGAUGAGUUAUCCUGAAGGCAGCCCAAAAAUAUGGGAAGAUGUGGACCCCCAGCUUCACUUUGUAGCUGUUAUUUACAAAUCUGUUGAUUUCAACUGGCUUUAUGCAAUGGUCUCAAGAACAACAAUAUCACUCUGGGACAAGCUGUUUUUCUGGCAGAAGGUACCUAAUAGCAUUCCAGUAGAUCCUUCAAAGUUUCUUAUUCUGAAUCCUGAGAUCAUCAGGGAGACAGCUUUGAAUCUCCAAUACCCAAUUCCAAAACCUCGAUACUGGGGCUGGGAUCAGAACAUUCCAACUUUAGGAGUAUCCGCUGUUAACCUGGCAACCUAUUUGUGUGAUGAAGUCAGUCUAGCAGGCUUUGGCUACAACCUUAGCCAAAAGGAGACACCACUGCACUACUAUGACAACCUACCCAUGUCUGCAAUGCUGAAGCAACACAUGCACAACGUAGACCAAGAGACAGUUUUUCUCCAGAGACUGGUUGCAAAUGGCAGCAUUUUGGACCUUACAGGGGGGGUACAUUGUAGUUUCUGUUCAAAAUAAUUCUCUACGCUAUUGUUUUAAAUAUUUUGAUGACUAAAAGUCAGGACUCAGUAUUUUCAUUGUAUUUGUUACAUGUUACAUUUUGCAUAGUAUUUUACAUACACAUCAUACACAGCUGUCAAAGUUCAUUAUGAUACACUAAUGGCAACAGUAUGUGUGUGUGUAUAUAUAUAUAUAUAUAUAUAUAUAUAUAUAU